AUGAAGUUGCAUUACACAAUACCUUUCAUAUUGGCAUCUAUAACCCAUGCUCUUUUACCAGUCAAGGAUUUUAGAGUACCAACAAUUGUCUCUGCUGGUCAUGACAUAGAUAUAGAGUCACUCAGCAAGCUUGCAAGUCAUAAUAAAGAACAAAUAGUUGCUGCUGCUUCUAGUGAUACUAGUUCAACAACAACAGAAGUCACAUUUGAUUCAUUAGACGCUAUACAAGUAUUAUACACAGACAAUUCUAAUUCUAUUUAUUAUACAUAUUUAUCAUUACAAAGUGAUCCCCAUUCAUAUUCACAAGAUUUCCCCUUAUUAAUAGACACAGGAAGUUCACUUAGUUGGAUCUAUGAUCAAUCAUGUACUAAUAAUGCAUGUAAUUCUAGUUCAGUUACAAAAUUUUCAUUUCCAGAACAAUUAACAUAUAAAUCAGUUUUCCAUUUGACUUAUACCAAUGAUAAUGUUUCAGGACAAAUGAUUUCUUUAAAAGAUAAUAAUAUUGAUAUGUGUUUAGGUUAUUGUUCAUCAGAUUUUCAAGUUGAAGAUUAUAGUAUUGGAAUUUCUGAUACUUCUCCUUCAAUUUUCCAAGGAUUUUCAAUUAGUGGGAUUUUAGGAAUUGCUUCAACUUCUUCUGAUGAAAAUCUAGUAACUCAAUAUCAUAAUAGUGGAUUAAUUGAUCAAAAUAUCUUUUCAUUAUAUAUAUCAACCCCAAAUAAAGUUCAAUUUAUGUCUAAAACUGUGGUUGAAUUAUCUAAACAAUAUUUAGGUGGAUUAAUGUUAUUUGGAAAUGAAUCAAUUAAUCAUCUUACUACAUUUGCCGGUAAUAAUCCAACUGUCUAUGCUGAUGUGGUUAACAAUCCAAAUAAUUUUUGGUUAAUCAACCUUGAUUCAGUCUCAUCUUCUAAUUCAACCAUUAACGGAGUACCACUUUUUAAUAGUAGUUCUAGAUUAACCAUUAUCGAUUCAGGAACAACUGGUAUUGUAUUCCCAUUUAAUGAUGCUCUUGAAGCUCAUCAAGCAUUAUUUGGAGAUCAUGGAUAUGUGAAUGAUGAUCAAGGAAAUUUUGCAUUUUUCUGUGAUUUAGCUAGUGAUGAUACAUAUUUAACUUUCAAAAUUGGUGAUAAUACAAUUGAAUUACCAAGUUCAUUAAUCAAAGGUGACGAAUAUACAACUGAUGGAUUACAAGGCUUUUGUGCAUCUAAGAUUCAAGGAUUGAAUGAAUAUGCUUAUUGGAUUUUGGGACAAGCUUUCUUGAAGAAUUAUUAUACUAUGUUUGAUAUGGAUAAGAAAAGAAUUGGAUUUGCUGAAGCUAGUUUAGGUGAAUUCACAGUUAAUGUUGCUGGGCAAGAAGGGAAUAUCCCUCCUGCUAAACCUUCUGUCGUUACUCAUUUUGCUACUGUGACUGCAAUCCAGUUAGCAUCAUCAACAGAAGCUACUACUAUGCAAACAUCAACAGGUAGCAGAAACAAUUCAACUGCUAGCAAUAAUUCACGUACAGCUGCCAACAAUGUCAAUGGUUUAUAUGCAUCUGCUUCAUACUUCCCGUUGUCUAUUGUAUUUGCAUUCUUAGCAUGUUUAGUCAUUUAA